UAAUGAAAUGAAUGGUUGAUAUAUGUGAUAUAUUGAUUACUGAAUAAGGUCAUUCGUACAUGUAAAACGGAAGUAUGAUGAACGUUUAGUCCAACCAGCGAUAUGAAGGAUGAACAUAUGUAAUCGAUGCGACAUUCAAUUCGAGAACGCCUUUGUUUGACAUAACAAAACAACUACGAUAUUUAUCAAAAUGCGUCUUACAACGGGAAAUAGUUCCAGCUACAUGUAUUAUAUCACGUGAGAUUUGCUAAGUUAUGCUGAUUGUAGUGUUUUUUUAUCCAUUGAUUGACGACAUACUACACUACGACAAGGGGUAUUACUAUUUAUAGCUGUAUAUAGUAGUAUACCGACCAGGAAGUUUAUAUACAACAUGUACGUAUACAGAUAUACGUCCAAUGUUUACCUUCAAAAUCAACAUCUAUUUGUAUCCCACAAUGACAUCAAACUCCAAUGGAUCAUCGUAAUAAUACUGGCAGUCUCAACGUUGUCAGUCCUGAUGCAAUUAGAAAAAGACUCCGACGUACAGGAAUGCAAAGUCGAAAGGGAAACACUGCUCACACUGUUAUUGAAGUGAAGAACAUUAUUCAAGCUUUAUUACCUGAUUUGCCAAGCACUAUCGGUUACAGGCAAAUGACCUGCAUAUUACGACAAAAACAAGUAAACAUCCCAAGGGAUACAGUCAUGAAGAUAAUGAGAGAACUUGAUCCCAUUGGGGUGGAUAUUCGAAGAAGGCGUCGUAUAAAUCGAAGAGUAUACCGAACAAUGGGUCCGAAUCAUGUGUGGCACGUGGACGGAUACGAUAAGCUGAAACCAUACGGAUUUCCCAUACAUGGGUGCAUUGAUGGGUUUUCCAGGAAAAUACUCUGGCUAAAGGUUGGUCCAACAAACAACGAUCCGGAAGUUGUUGCAUUCAAUUUUGCACAAUGCGUUGACGAAUUAAAAGGUUGUCCUAUGGUUCUCCAGGCUGACCCCGGGACAGAAAAUGGCAUUAUGGGUUCUCUUCAGUGCUUGUUCAGACAUACGUCCAAUGAUUCGUUUUCCGGCAUACACAGUUACCGUGUCGUAAGAUCCAUCUUCAAUCAGCGCAUCGAAGCCUGGUGGAGUGUUAUGAGGCGGCAACAGUGCGAAUGGUGGAUUUCUUUCUUCAAAGAUCUUGUUGAAUUUGGUGGACUACACAAAGGAACUAUUAACGAAAUGCACUGCAUACGAUAUUGCUUUAUGCCACUUCUGCAGAUGGACUUAGAUCACUUGAUAGAUAGAUGGAACAACCACUAUAUUUCGCACAGCAGGCAAGCAGCUUGUCCAGGUGGGAGACCUGCCGUUCUUUAUAGACUUCCUGAGGCAUCUGGCUUUCAAGAGUGCCUUCAGGCUUUGCAAGAAGAAGACAUUGCCUUUGCAUAUGCGAAAACUCGGCUUGCCAGUAGAAGUGGAUGCCCCCAGUUUGACAUUUGAGCGCAUGCCAUUUUCCAGCAAAAAGGCUGGGACAACGCUAGAAGUUGGCAAGAAGCACUGCAGCAGUACUUCAUAAUCGUAGAGAUGAACCUGUGAUUAACAAAUUUUGCGACGAUAUAAUGUUGAAUUCAAAUCAUCAUAUGAGUUCCUUGUAACGAGAUAUGAAAUGAGGCUCAAGUGAUUAGUUCAUUUCAUUGAUAUGGAAACUGUUUUCCUUUUUAGUUUAAAUGUCAGAAAAUAUGACAAACUCUUACUUUCACACUAUUUUAUUGUGCAGUCGAAAGGCAAAAUCUUCAAAAUCAAACAUAUGAACGCUGUGGAGCGGUGCAUGAAUUUUUGAAUAUAAUAUUGAAUAUCCACAAGCAGUACGUCUAAAUAAAUGCACGAAAUGAU